AUGGCAGCGCUGAAACAGGAGCAUCGGUAUGGACUCUCCUGUGCGAAGAUUCAUAAGAACACUCCUAACAAAACUAUAUAUCACGUCAAGUUGACCGACACUGCCAUUCGGACACUGGAAGCCUAUCAGAACCUUAAGGGAUCCUUACCAAAUCAGCCGGCAAUUUGCUUCAAGGGGAACCAGGGGUACAUCAAGAUUCCUGCUGCCACAGUUGACUCAGGUGAUGCUUUUCGCGUUUUUUCCUUCUACCUGUCCAGUGACAGUAAAGACAAACCUCAAGCAAGCUUUGACUGCAUUCACCAGUAUGUCUCGGGGGAUGGCAGGGAUCACCUGGAGAGCCAGGGCAGCAUUCAGGACAAGAUCACGGUAUGUGCCACAGAUGACUCCUAUCAGAUGACCCGUGAGCGCAUGUCCCAGGUGGAAAAAGACAUCUGGAGCCGUUCAGCUAUUGAGAUCAAACCCGGGGCCACACAUCCAAGUAAGUGUGUUAAGAUUAAGAGGAAGCAGGGGAUGCCAGGCACCUUUGAUGGGAUGAAUAGACAUUCACCAAGCAACAAGAGGACUGGAGCUGCCAGUGCUGUGGCCCACAGGCCCCUGAAAGAUCGCGUCAUUCACCUUCUGGCCCUAAAGCACUACAGGAAGCCAGAGCUACUGCUGUGGCUGGAGAGGGAGAAAGCAAGUCCCAAGGACAAAGCUGAUCUGAGCACAGUGUUGGAAGAGGUGGCAAAACUAAACCCCAAAGACCACAGCUUUACUCUGAAAGAUGAUUUCUACAGGAACAUUCAGAGGGACUGGCCUGGCUAUGUGGAGGAAGAGAGACAGCUUAUCCACAGGCUUCUAGCCAGAAAGCUUCAGCCUCUUAGCAGCAGUAGUCAGCUAAAAACCUUCCAGUCCAACCAUUCAUUCCACAAAACCACAGGGGAUUCACCAUCCCAGCUCAGCCCUGUCAAGAAUCUCUCUGUGAAACGUCCAGUGCCUUCAGACCACACAGAAAGUCAGACUCUGAAGAAACAGAGGUUGCUAGACCAGAACUCACUUUUACAAACGUCUAGUAGCCAUCUCGGCUCCUCCAUGGGUCGGAGUUCAUCUGCCCCUGGAAGCUCCAGUUUACAGAAAAAAACAGAGCUCGAGAGGACCAGCAACAGUGUUCAAGAAACCCUCAACGGCCUUUACCAGCGGCACAAACUUAGUGAGGCUAAUGGUGUCCAUAAGUCAGAACGGCCAGACCCUGAACCAACAGUGUCAGCCAGCCCCAACCCCCCACGGACCGAGUUCCCUCUCUGCACUGAUCAGCAGCUAGCCAAUGGCCAGCACAAAAAGAAGAAGCCCAAGAAGCACAAGGAGAAGGAGCGAGAACGAUUAAAACCUGAUUGGGUGGAGACAAGCCCGGACCUCAAGCAUAACCAGGAAAAGCUUAAUCACCAUGAGGGCCCAAACACACCUGUCACCCAUGCCUCGCCGGAGGAACUGCCAGACUAUUUAUUAAAAUACAACACUAUAACUGACUUGGAACAGCGCCAGCAGUAUAAGGAGGAUUUCUGUGCUGAAUAUGAUGAAUACAGGGACCUCCAUGAACGAAUCGGGAAAGUCACUGAAAUAUUUGUCCAGUUGGGGUCCAAGAUAAAGACACUGUCCCCUGGGACUCAAGAGUACAAGGUAAUGGAGGAUCAAAUAUUGGAGAAGUAUAGAAAAUAUAAGAAGAAGUUCCCUGGCUACCGGGAAGAGAAGAAGCGUUGCGAAUAUCUCCAUCGGAAACUGUCUCACAUCAAAGGCUUGAUUUUGGACUAUGACCGCAUUCAAACCCCUUCUUAGUGCUCCCUCCCUGAUUCCUCCUCCUUCCUUGUCUGAAUUCCAUAUGGACCAAAAGACUCCUCAGUGGAGACGAAAAAGGAGCAAAUCUGGUUCUUCCCAGAAGAACCUGAAGAAGCAUUUUUCACCUUCUCCUCUGCACAAAUGGUGGCAAAGAUGUCGUGUUUGGGGAUCGAGCCCAAACCUUCACAUGUAGGUGAAGACCUCCAACUCGUGAAUCAAAGCCUUUUUGCUUGUUUUGUUUGUUUGUUUCCAUUUGUUCAUUGUUGUAAGAAAGUGUUGCUUUUGUGCAAAUGUGAGGGUAGAAAAUGGUGAGACAUAACAAACCAAACUUUAUUUUAUGCAUUGGCUCACACCCUACCCCACCCUUGUCUUAAAUGGGUUCAUAGUACAAUCAUCAUAAGUGAACAAUAAGAAAGGAUAAUCCCUAUCCUGUUUGUUGUGUGUCUGUGCUUCAUUGGGAUACUAAGCACAUGUUCUAUUUUGCUAUUUUACUGAAUGUACAUUUGUAAACUUGUAAGAUCAUGAUUCUAAAACAGAGGAUUUUAAAUCACUGGAUAAAAUAAGGGAAACCUGAAAUAUACAAGAACCUGGAGCAACCAAGCUGAGCUCUGUAGAAUAUUAGGAUGCACUUUCUGGGUGGAUCAUUUCUGUAGAUGAUGGCUGGUUUCUGAUUUAGACUGCAUCACUGCUCUAACAUGAUCCAGGAUCCAUUUCAGACAUAAGUUAGCUAAAGGUAAAGGAAAAAGAGGAUCAGACUGGAGUAAUGAAGAUUGAUUAUAAAUGCCUGCAAGUUUAAUUUCGAUUUUUUUUUUUUUUUUUAUCUCAUUCUUGGGGGCCAGAUUUCUGAACCCAGAUUCAAACUAGUGUGGGGCCAAAAACAGUAGAGAAUUUAUCUGGGAUUUUUCUAUUUCAGAUGGUCCAGCCCUAGACCCAAUCUGUGUUGGAAAGACUGGCCUAAAAGUAUACAGCAGUGAUAAUCCCAUUAAUUCUCUGUCCAGGAUCAGUUGCACAAACCACUACAGCAGUGUCCUUAGCACAUAAUAAUAAUAAUAAUAAUAAUAAUAAUAAUAAUAAUAAUAAUAAUAAUAAUAAUAUUAUUAUUAUUAUAACUCAUUCACAGCAUACACAAUCAUGUUUUAAAGCACAUUAAGUUUCAUGUUUUUUGGAAUAUUUUUGUUUUCUUUAUCAAUUUUUGUUCACCUCUUUCAUUGAGCCAAUAUCCUUUUGUUGUUUGUGGAAAUUGUUUCUGGAUUUAUGAGAAAGGCACAUCAAUUCUCUUAAAGGCCAGAUAUUUAACAGUACAAAUAGGCCAUCUGUUCGCCAUGAUUUUCUUUUGAAGGUGUUAACCCUUUUGCUUGUAAAAAAUUGGGUUUAUGAUCAUUUUUUUGAUUGCUACAGUACUGAUCAGAAUAUACCUUCAUCUCUUAAACCAGGUAUCUCCAAGAGCUACCAUUUGCUGCAGAAUUUAUUUCUGAUCCCAGGAUGGGUUUCUUUUCAGGAUUAGUGCUGGUUAUAUCUAUCUUGCAUGAGACGACUGUUUAAUUAACAUUGUUUUACCACCCAUAUAAUGUUUUAUUCUCAAGUGUGACAACUGGUAGAAAUCUUGCAUUUAAAUCUACUUUACCUCUCUUUAAUUAGGUUCUUCUUUUAAAACAAAAAUGAUUCUUAAACCAAGCAAAAUGCUACAUAUGGUCUUGUGUGCAGAUGCAUUGUUUUUGUAUUCCCAAUUUGUAUGCAUCCUUGUCACAAUCAGAAAUCUCCUAAUUUUACCCACUUGCCUCACAUGCAUUUUUGGAAGUAUUUUUGUGUUUGUUUUGUGCUUUGACAUUUCUCUCCUGGAGACUUCUAAGUUGGUAUUUAUGUCCCUGCAGUGUUAGUUCUUUUUACAUCUGUCUAAAUUUGCUAUAUGCGUGAAAAUUGAUAGAAUUGCCAAAAUAGCAUAGGGGUGUGUGUGUGUGUGUCUCUGUCUCUCUCUCUCUCUCUCACUCUCUCUCACACACACACACACACACAC